GAGAGAGACCGAAACCGUGAGCUAGCGCUGGCUAGCCUAACCAACUUUUAUGUAUGUUGCCACUAUGUGCUAAGAUUGAUCUGCUCUCAGAUACGUAACAAGCUAACCAACAAAAACGUCCAGAAGAGUUCACAAAGGUCAUUUGAGUCGGCCUUUCCUCCUGCCCCGACGGAGCCUAAACGAUGACAACAACCUGACCAAUGGACCACUGCACGUUUGGAGCAAGAUCAUGAAUGACAAACUAGUCUUCUUGGGCCUGCUGUACUUUGUCCAGGGCAUCCCAUAUGGUCUCCAGUCUUCUCUGCUUCCAGUCUACCUGCGUGGAGCCGGCCACUCCUUGACACGCAUAGGCUUCACCAAGGUCCUUUAUUUCCCAUGGGUUCUCAAGGUGCUUUGGGCCCCUUUGGUGGACAGGAUUGGCACCAAGCGGCGUUGGCUGGUGGCAACAGUCUCUGGACUGGCACUGACAUGUCUCGCCAGUUCAGCUCUCGCUCCAGAGAUGCACAUCUGGGGAGUAGCAGGAACCCUGCUAGCCAUGAAUACUCUGGCCUCUGUUCAAGAUAUUGCAGUGGAUGGAGCUGCAGUGGGGCUUUUGAAAGGUCGUGGGGAGCUUGGGCUUGGUAACACAGCCCAGGUUGUGGGCUAUAAAGCCGGAUCGGUGUUCGCUGGAGGCGGUCUGCUGGCUGUGAUUGACGUGGCCGGGUGGAGCUGGAUGUUUAUGCUGCUUACAUUCGUGUAUGCAGGUGUGGCCCUGUUUGUGUGGGGGGCUACUGUUUUGGAUGAGGAGCUUAUGAGAGGCCAACAGGCUGAUUGUAGUAGAAGAGCAGGACAUGGAGCUGAUGCUUUGAUGCCAUGGAGGGUGUGGAGGAAGCUGCUGGCUGUCCCUGGCACGGCUUGGACCGUCCUCUACGUUCUCACAUACAAACUGGGCGAGCAGGGUGCAGUCACCAUGUUUCCCUUGUUUCUGCUGGAUCACCACAUGACCGCCAGGGAGCUCGGCUUCUGGAACGGCGUCAUCGCCAUGGGCUUCUCCAUCUGUGGCUCGUCACUGGGAGGCCUGCUGCUCGCUCAGUUCAGCAUCGGCGCGCUGAUGCGACGUGUUUUCGUCUUGCGGACCGUCAGUAUGGUCUUCCAGAGCACCUUGCUCACUGUGUUGGAACCAUCGCCACUCAUGAAAGGUAUGGCCGUCUUGAGUAUGAGCGUUCAACAUUUCCUGGGCGGUCUGAUCACCACGCUCACUUUCACGACCAUGAUGCAUUGCACUCAGAGGGCCGAGGAAAGCAUUCAGGCGACUCACUACAGUUUCCUGGCAACUCUGGAAGUGUUGGGCAAGCUGACAUUCAGCGCUUUGGCCGGGGGUGUGGUGGAUUGGUUCGGCUUCCAAGUGGCCUUCUUCUUCUUCCUUACCCUCUCUGCUGGAACAGCGCUGCACGUGUGGACGGCUACUUUUACCGGUGCUCUCAGGGAACACCAACUCAAAGAGCAGCCCAAAUGAAUAUUAAGCUCUUGACUGUAAGAUGAUAUAAGUCCACACGCACACAGGUAGUUUUAAAGACGUUUAAACCCUCUAUUCAUCAAGGUGCACUUCCACACACAAUGUGCACACAAAUGUAUUUCCUGGCUGGAGAGUCAUACUUUGGCAUAAGAUGGCAGCAGGUGAAUGUGCCAAAGAAGCACCUAGGUUGUGUACCUGUGUUUUUGUGGACAUUGAUAGGAGCGCACAAAGUCUUAAAAUAACUUUAGACUGGCCAUAAAUACCAUGAAUACCAACCAUAAAUACGAAAGAAGCAGCUUCAUACUGCAUGUAGAGAAGGAUCAUAUCAUAUGAUCAUAUUUUAAGAUAUCGUGUGGAGCAAAGCACGAUGAAUUUUGAAUUUGACAACUUUUAAAUCCUCUGCAAAACUUUAAUUUUCUUUGCAAUAAAGUCUUCAGUCUUAAAUUUUUUUUUUUUGUCGUUUGAUAAAACUUGGGAGCAGGAGCCACCUCGUGUGAUGAGCGUAACGUUUUUGUGUGUUGGAGGUGGCAUGUAAGUCUUACUGUGCUCGCUGUGCUGACAGUUGAGAUCUAGAGCAUUAAAGGUACCUUUAAUUAUGCCAUCCAUUUUAAUGUUCAUAAUCUAAUAAGAGCUGUAAACAAAAGCAAUAUCACAAGUCCUCCAUGAGGUCCUCAAAAUAUGUCUAAUGUACAGUAUAUGGAUAUCGGUCAUUGUCUAGAAUUUUAUGGCUUACAGAUUUAGCCAAAACGCACGAGUACUACCUCGUAUAGACGCACAAAAUGUGAACGCUGUAGCUGGGCUUAAGACAUACUCUUAAAUAACAGAUGCACAAUAUUAAUCAAGGCAGGAACCAUCAACCAGAGUUUUGUCGGUUAUCUAGAUUAGAAGAUGAUAUUAAGGAGCAUUGCUUUUAGAAGAGGAGGUCGAGAUAUCAAAAUGGCCCCUUGUAGGUUCGCACUGGAGCUCUAUCAAUGUUAUUCAAGCUUCCUACCUGUAGCAAAGCUCAGCCUUACAAUGCUGCAUGGUGCCAUCGCGUCUAAUUUUUUUCCAUUAAAAGAAAUGAAACGUAAAACGAAUAAACUGCAAUAAGACCGUUCUUUGAAACUUGAAAGACCGGCAUUUUACUCACUGUCUGUGAUCAUGUUGAAGAAACGGACGUGUGCACUGUCAAGUACUGUAUAUUGUAUCCUGUAUACUGUAACUCUAUGGCACUGUAUACAAGCAAUUCUGGUCAAGCUUAAAUCAUUAAGUGAAGAGUUUUUCCUUUGUAGAUUUCAGAACAAAUGUAAUUAUAUAUUACAGGAACGUUAGUCUUAGGUAAAACCAGCAUUUCUUAAAAUGACCACAUGCUUUUACAAAUCUAAUGGACUUCUACAAAUGAGUAUUAGGGCCAUGCUGGAAAAGAAAUCUAUGUAGAAAGCAUUAUAAUUACAAGAAAUAUAAGGGGAAAAAAUGUAAUAUGACACAAUGUAUGUACGUGAAUGUCGUCAAAAUUUACAAGUAUGAACAUAUCCUAUCUUGUUACACAGACAGCAACUAGUAAAUAAAUCAAUACCUUGGCACGUCAACUCCAUCAUCGGUUUGAUAUUCAGAAAAAUUGUGCAGCAGUGUUAUGUGUGUUAGUGGCUGCACUGUGGACGAGUGGUUAGCACAUCCGCUUCACAGUUCCGAUAUUGGGGGGUUCAAAUCGGGGCUCUUAUACGCCACUGUUUCGGAGUGUUUUCUUGUCAUUGUGGCUCGAAUAUUGCUUCGUAGAUGUCACACUUGACACACUAAUUACUGGUGUAGUUUAGUUAUCUGACGACAACGCCUGUUGCAAAGCACAUCUCUUAUCUCAUCUCCUGUGAGAUUUGCACUCAAAAUAAAGAUGAAUGGGUGAAUUGCA